AUGCACUCGAACAGCGCCCGCGCUGAUGCCAACAUGAACCAAGUCGUUCGCCGAUACAUCGAGCCUGACCGUGACAUCGUUAUCGCCGUCGUGAGCGUAUCACCAACCGAAGUCAAACACAAAAUGCUCGGCGGUUUGAGGUACCAAGUGCGGAGCUACGCGGUGACGAAGCGGUCUUCUGCGUCGACGCCGGAGCGCGAGGUUUCCCAGCUGCAGUGCUGCUCGCUCAUCUCGUUUGACGAGGAGACAGAGGCGAAGCUGGGUUCUGAUGCCAUCCGCUCGUUGACGAACUUCUUGAUCGUGAGCUUGGCAGCGAAGAUGCAAGGCCACCAGGACUGCAUCGAGAACGCGUUGAUGGACCACGCACUAUUGGUGCACUAA